CUCUCUCUCUUCGCUUUUCUUCAGUCUUUCACUCUCUCUCUCUUAUCGACGACAUAAUUUUCGGACCAGAAAAACUCGGGGGAGAAUAUCGCGGGAGCUUUAGAAGACCCGAAUUUUUACAUCCCAUUCUCGGAAAAUGAAAAAACUCGGCUCAAUUACUCGGCAAUUAAUCGCCACGCUUGUUGGUCAUGCAAUUUAAGCCCAUUUCCUUUGCCCAUUUCAUUUGAUUCUUUCCCGUAAGGUAAGAAUCCACUCUCUCCUCCAAAUUGCAAUUCUCUGCCCUAAUUCUUUCUAUGAGAGUUUUUCCAUUACCCUCGAGACCCCAACUUUUCAAUUUACAAAAUUAGACUGGUUUUUUUUUUUUUUUGGUUGAAAUCUUUGUGGGAGCUUCAAGAAGAAGUUGGAUUUUCUUUUUACAUUUUUCUUUGAUUUAGGCAUCUGGCUUCGUGCAAAGGGUUUCUCUUGAAUCCCGGGGAUUUGGAAUUCUAUUUAAAUUUCAUUUCUUUCUGGGGAUUUUCGAUUUUUUCCCUUUUGUUUAGCUCUGUCAAUCUGCUGUACAGAUUUUGGUUAUUGGGUCUUGUUUUUCUUUUUAUUUUUUAGCAUCUGGGUAUUUGAUCAAUGUGAUCUAGGGGCCUUGAUUGUGUUGGGCCAAUUUGGAUAUCAGUAGGCAACAGAAACAAAGAGGUCCUGGUUUUUUCAUUUUGUGGGGUUUGAAAAAAAAAAAGUUGAAGUCUUUGAAAAAUGUCUGUUGCUGAUGUUGCUCUGAGUCCGAUUCGGAAAGAGUCGGUAAAUUCUGCUGCUGGGUUUUUUGAAAGCCACCUGGGGCAUUUUUCUAGCGAAUCAAUCAUGUUAUAUCUCCGGGUUUCCGGCUCCGUGAUUCCUCUGCGUGUUUUAGAGUCGGAUUCGAUUGCUUCAGUGAAGCUUAGGAUCCAAACAUGCAAUGGAUUCGUGGUAAAGAAGCAAAAGCUUGUUUUCGAAGGCAGGGAAUUGGCCCGGAACGAUACUCUCAUUAAGGACUAUGGUAUCACUGGUGAGAAUGUUUUGCAUUUGGUUCUUAGACUUUCUGAUCUUUUGCAUAUCACUGUUAAGACCAUUUGUGGAAAGGAAUUUGAUUUCCAUGUUGAUCGACAUCGAAAGGUCGGGUACCUGAAGCAACGGAUUUUGAAAAAGGGGAAAGGUUAUGAUCCAGAGGACCAAGAACUUUUCUGCAACGGUGAAAAGCUUGAUGACCAGAGGCUUAUUGAUGAUAUUUGUAAGAACAAUGAUGAUGUUAUUCACCUGGUGGUUCAGAAAUCUGCAAAGGUUAGAGCUAAACAUUUUGACAAAGAUUUGGAGCUUUCAGUUGUGGCACCAGUUUCUGAUGAAAGAAGAGAAGGAGUCAAUGGAGUAGCCAACCACCGACCCGAGGGGGUUCCAGUUGUAACCUGGGAGUCGGCUUUUCAAAAUCCAGAUUUCUUGUUGGAACCAAUUAUUGUCAAUCCCAAGGUUAAAGUUCCCUCUUAUGUAUGGGACAUGUUUAACUCUACAUUUAAUGGUUUGCAGAAGGGCAAUCAACCUAUAAGAUCAUCUGAGGGGACUGGAGGAACUUAUUUCAUGCAAGAUCCUUCCCAAGAGUUUAUUUCUGUUUUCAAGCCUAUUGAUGAGGAGCCUAAUGCAGUGAACAAUCCCCAUGGCUUGGCCGUAUCUCCGGAUGGUGAAGGUUUGAAAAGGGGAACAAGGGUGGGAGAAGGAGCCCUGAGGGAAGUUGCAGCAUACAUAUUGGAUCAUCCCAAGGGUGGGCCUCGCAACUUAUCAAGAGAGGCUAUUGGCUUUGCUGGUGUGCCUCCUACAGUUUUGGUUAGGUGCUUGCACAAAGGCUUUAAUUAUUCGAAAGGGUAUGAAGGCUCAUUAAAGAAUGUUAAGAUUGGGUCAUUGCAGAUGUUCAUGAAGAAUGAUGGAAGUUGUGAGGACAUGGGUCCUAGUCGUUUCCCCGUGGAGGAGGUGCACAAGAUUAGUGUGUUUGAUCUAAGAAUGGCAAAUGCCGACAGGCAUGCCGGGAAUAUUUUGUUUAGAAAAGGGGAAGAUGGUCAGACUGUGCUCAUUCCAAUUGAUCAUGGAUACUGCCUUCCUGAGAAUUUUGAAGAUUGCACAUUUGAUUGGCUUUAUUGGCCACAAGCUUGCCAGCCUUAUUCUCUUGACACCAUUGAGUACAUAAAUUCUUUAGAUGCUGAACAAGAUAUUGCACUUCUGAAGUUUUAUGGGUGGGAUAUUCCUAUUGAGAGCGCCCGCACGCUCCGUAUCUCCACUAUGCUUCUGAAGAAAGGGGUAGAGAGAGGUCUCACCCCCUUUGCUAUUGGGAGCCUCAUGUGUAGAGAAAAUAUAAACAAAGAAUCAGUGAUUGAGGAGAUUGUGCGUGAAGCUCAGGAUUCCUUGCUCCCUGGAAUGAGUGAAGCUGCAUUUCUUGAAGCCAUCUCCGAGUUCAUGGAUUUGCAGCUCGACAAGCUUGCAAAAUAAAUUUGCAUCUAUUUUAUAGGUACAUAUAUGUAUGUAUUGAUUGAAUGACCAGUCCAUUUUUGGAUGGACUGCAGGUUGUAUGAAAUGUGGAUGGCUUAUGAAGUUUCAUAUAAGCCUGAAGUUUCCCUUCAUUUCUGUCAAUUGAUGGAGAAUAUACCAAGACUUCUGUCAACUGUUAUUUAAAAUGGUCAUGAAUAAGAUCUAUU